UUUAACAAAGAGGAACCCAAGGACGCAGACACACACACAGACACAGACAUGAAGGGGAACAAUAUAAUCGCAGUGUUUCUCGCUCUCCUGCUGAGCUGCCAGAUUGGUCAUACUCUGGACUGCUACACAUGUGAGUAUGGCAUUUGCUUGCUCCCCAUCAAGAAAACAUGUGGCACGUUCGAGGUUUGUGUGACAGAAACAUCAAAACUUGGUGGUGUGGUUAAUAUGAAGUCGAAAGGCUGCAUGAACCCCUUUAACUGCAUGACGGACUCGUCUGUGUCGAUAGGCGGCAUAACUAUGACUACCAGCCCAUCCUGCUGCUUCUCUAGCCUCUGCAACGCAGCCGUCACACCCAGGGUGUCUAUUAUUAGUGCGAUGGCAGCCAUAUUGUCUCUGUGGAUAUGUAGAAUGUUCUAAGCCAGCACUAAGUGUCUCAUCUUUGCUGCUCUUUCACUGCCAACUGAUCGUUUUGCCAUUGCCUUAUACAAUGUUACCCGUUCCUGUCCUUCAAAGGGUCAAGGGCAGGACUCGUCCUUCACACCGAAUAUUUCAUACAACUAACUUUAUCAGAUGCCUCAUCACUAACAUGGAAUACCCAUUUUAGACUUCCUCCCCACUACCAGAUGGCGCAAUAUACUAUGCAGGGAUUUCCCCUCCACUAGCGGCAGCCCCAACGCUAUUCCAUCUUUUUUGUUUAUUUAGUGAGAAGAUGGCACCCUCCACAUGCCUGCUACAUCACAUGUUACGUUAUAGGCAAUGCGUUGCAACAUAAAUACUACUUUGCUCGUGUUUGUAGAUAAGAAUUAUGAUGCACUUUCAGGCCACUUGCUUGUUUCUGGUACUAACUAAAUAUUCAUGCUGGCAGCCAUAUUGUAACCACGAGUCAGGACUCAUUUGCUGUUGAAUUUAUGUCCCUGUAUCGAUGCUGUAACAUAGCUUCUCAUGCAGGGCUUUCUCACUUCCUUUGGAUGAUUUAGUUGCAAUUAGUUAUUAAACUUAUGUUUUCCA